AUGGGUGUGGAAGAGUGUGUUGUGACAUUGGCCUUCCCUCACCAGGAGAGGCUUCACAAGGAUAAGAGCUUACCAGGGGUUUUCGCAUUUCUUCCUACAGAGAUGGUCACUAAUUUUCCAUUCAUAAUUCAGGCAGAUUUUGUUCUUGCCUCGUCAAGGGAGACAAUUCUCUUGGAUGAUAAGUGGAAUAAAGGGAUACUUGAAUAUGUUCCAUCAGCUUUUAUAGAUGCAUUCAAAACACUUGUCACAGGAUCAGACGAAGCUCCAAUGUGCAGCUUGCCAUAUGUGUUCAAGUUCAUUCCAAUUAAUAGUUCUCCUGUUGAGACCUUCAAUCAUGUGAGGGAGAAAAUCGAAGCAAAUUUGGCUGAUGAAAAAAUUGUUCCUAUUGAGACAUUCUCGAACCAGAAGCACUUCUGUAAGCCACAUGAAGUUAGCAGGCUACUACCUAAAUUUUGGAAUAUUUUGACAAAGGCCCAGCAGGAAGGAGUGUACUUUGUUGACCUAUUUUCUCAUGGUCAGAUUAAAAUCUUGAGCUCUUCAUUUGAUAUAAGUGAGUAUGAUGACGUACUCAAUUUUUUAGGGUUGAAGCCGGUGAUUAUUGAUUGGUAUGCAAAUUGCAUCCAGAGUUCUAAUCUCGUGGAUGAAGUAUCAGAAGAUAUCUAUCUUGAGCUUUUACACUUUAUUGCUAAAAACCCGCCAUUGUUUAAGUCCUCCUACAUCGCUCGCAUUCCUUUGAUUAAAUAUGUGGCUUCUGAUGGGUUUCCGUGUUUGUUCAGUAUUGAUGAAUGCAGACAACAAGGUGCCACCAAGAGAGUAGUAUUAGCAGACUCAGGUCAGACUUAUCUUUGUUCUUGGAUGAUCAAUUGGAACAAUGUAUUUGCUUGCAAAACAAACCAGUGUUUUAUGCCAGAAAGCACGCAACAAGCUAUCCACCAAUUUCUCAAUAAGCAAAGUUUGUUGUUUUGGUUAACAAAAUAUGUUAAUGUUUGUACUCUGAAUGUGGAUAGUUUUGCAAAAGUCCUCUGCAAAUCUAUUAAUAACAGGAGCAAGCUUGCCGUUGCAUAUGCUCAUUUCUUACACCACUCUUUGUUAAAGGGUUAUUUGACUAGUCGGGAGGUUUGUGAUCUAUGUAAAUCGAUGCCACUUGUGGACAAUUAUGGACUUAUAAUUAAGGAAAGAGAUGGAGUUCUUCUGCCUGCAAAUGUGAGCAAAUGGGCACAAUUGACUAAUUCUGAUCCAUGGAUAGAUGAGAAUUAUGUUGAGCUAGGAAAGGUGUACCUAAAGGCAUCUUCUUAUGCAGGCCAAUGUACAGAUUCUGAGAUGUUUAUUGCUUUCCUCAAAAGCCAUGUUAAAGCUUCCGACAUCCCUUUUAUACAUCCUCCAAAUGCUGGGUUGUCAGCUGCAGAUACAACACUUACCAAAGAAAAUGCCUUUUUGCUUUUGGAUUGGAUUCAGAAUAUGGAGUAUGAUCUACCAGAGAGGUUCUCGGAAUCCAUCAAAAAAGGCAGCUGGCUUAAAGUUACACAUAAUAGAUACAUGCCUCCUUCAAAUUCAUUCUUAAUUCAUUCAUCAUUGAGAAUUUUUUUGCAAAGUGGUUCAGAUCUUGUUGACAUCCCCCUGAUUGAUGAGAGCUUCUAUGGGGAAAGAAUAAAUGCGUACAAAGAAGAGUUAAAAAGAGUUGGAGUGAGGUUUGAGUGUGUGGAAGUAUGUUAUUUCAUUGGAAGAGAGCUAAUGUCUCGUGCGGCUUCUUUCUCUUUAACCAGGAACCAUGUUCUUUGGAUGCUUAACUUCAUCCAAUAUCUCCAGAAAAGUCGUCUUUUUCUUUGUUUAGACUUAUUUGUCGACUUCCUCAAACAGGGAAGUUGGCUAAAGACAUCACAUGGUUUUAGGUCUCCUGUGGGAUCUGUAUUGAAUGAUUCCGGAUGGCAAGUUGCAUCACAAAUUAGUGAUAUACCAUUCAUUGGUCGUGUUUAUUGUGGUGAGGAAAUAUAUAACUACAAAGAGGAGCUUAAGUUGCUGGGAGUGAUAGUUGAUUUAAGUGGAAAUUACCAAGUUGUUACACAACAUUUAAAAUCACCCUCAAAUUUAGCCUCUUUGACAGCUGAGGCUGUUCUUUUGAUAAUGGAAUGCAUCAAAUACUCGAAUGUCCCUAUUGAAGUCUUAAAUUCGAUAAAGAGAACAAGGUGCUUUAAGACAAACAUGGGUUUCAAAGCACCAUGUGAAUGUUUCUUGUACAAUCAAGUGUGGGGAUGCAUUUUGGAGGUAUUCAAUGGUAUUCCUAUUAUUGACCAUAAAUUUUAUGGAGAGAAGAUUUUCAGUUACAAAGAUGAAUUAAAGCAAAUAGGGGUGCUGGUUGAUUUCAAGGAUGCCGCAAAUAUUUUUGCUAGUCUAUUCAAACAAAAGGCAUCAGAAACCUCAAUUAACCCAACACAUGUUAUCUCAUUUCUCUCUUGUUACAGGAAGCUGAAGGGAACUCGCUAUUGUUUUCCUUCUGGUUUCCCAACCAUCAUACGUAAUAUGAGUUGGUUGCAUAGUAGUGUUGGUGAUCUUAGGAGACCAAGAGAAUGCAUUUUAUAUGGUCCGGAGUGGGGAUCUAUUUCUUCAAUUACUUGUCUCCCUUUCAUUGACGAUAGUACGAGAAUACACAAGUACAAGCAAGAGCUUAUGCACAUUGGUGUUGUUACUGAAUUGAAAGAUGGAGUGACAUUUGUACCUGAAUCUCUGAAUUUUCCUUCCAAUCCAUCCACUAUUACUCCUGAAAGUGUGUGUUCUUUGAUGGAAUGCAUCCGACUUCUAAUGCAAGAUAAGAAGUUUUUUCUUGAAGAUGAUUUCAAAAAAAGAUUGUCCAAAAAAUGGUUGAAGACACAUGCUGGUUAUAGGCCUCCAGAGAAGUCUCUGUUGUUUAAUUCCAAGUGGAGUUCUUUCUUUAAUCCAACUAAUGGGCCUUUUAUUGAUGAGAGUUUUUAUGGACCUGAAAUUGUCCUUUACCAUAAAGAACUCGCUGCCAUAGGGGUCAUUAGUGAAGUUGAGAAAGGGUGCUCUUUGCUUGCCAAUCACCUUGAGUCCCUAUCUGAUCAUGACAGUAUUGUGAAAAUAUACAAGUACUUAUGUGAACACAACUGGAAACCGGAGGAGACAGCUGCAAAAAAGGUUUGGAUUCUGGAUGCAAUUAAAAGUGGUAAGUGGGUUGAUUCUGAAGAAUGCAUCAUACACGACCCACCUAAACUUUUUGGUUCAAAAUAUUAUGUUCUUGAAGAUCUCUAUGAUAGAGAUAUUCUUGUUUUUUUCAAUGCAUUGGAAGUCAAGAAGAAGCCCUCACUAGAUGAUUAUGUUGACCUUUGGAAUGAUUGGGGAAGUUCAGUGAAGCAAUUGUCAUAUGAUGAGUGUUGCAGGUUCUGGACGUCUAUCUCGAAACAUUUGAGAACAAAUGAAGAGAAAAAACUUGCUGCGAGUUUGAUGAAACUACCUACAACAUCAGGGAAUAAUGAAAUAUUUCUGGUUGAUAAGGAAGAUGUUUUUAUUCCUGAUAGUCUUCAUAUGAAGAAGCUUUUUGAGAAGGAAAAAGUUUUUGUAUGGUAUCCUCAGUAUAACAUGACACCGUUGUCCAAGUCUAAACUAUCCCGCAUUUACAGAAAAAUUGGUGCUAGAAAUAUCUCUGAAUCACUUUGCAAAGAAGAAUCAUCCUCGGUGAAUGAUGGUGGUAAACUGAAGCAUGUUGAUCCAAAUAAUAUUUUCAACUUAAAGGGGUUGGUUAAGCUUAUUCUUGGUUUUCUUGCAUGUCCUAACCUGAAAAUGAAACCAAAAAAGAGACAUGAAGCUGUUCAAAGUCUUGUCAACUCGAGUUUCCAUGAGACAACAGAACCGAUCAAUGUAAGCUAUAGUUUAUCAUUAUCAUCGGGGGAAAUCAUUACAAAGAAAGCAAACAAAAGGGUACGUUGGGAAAGUCAAAGCUGUAAGUUUAUCAUCCAGAAGAUUGAGGAAGUUCCCGGUGAUUCUUUGAAUUAUGCUACAAAUUUCUCUGAAGCAAUAUCCGAGGGUAUUUUGCCUGAGAAUCAUGAUUAUGUUCCUGCACUGGCUGAACUAAUCACAUUGGGUUAUGUGAUGAAAUUCAAGAAUGAAGAAAUUGAUUUUCUCAUGGAAUCGAAGAAUUUGCAGAUUGAACAUGCAGAUGAGGAGUUCCUCAGUUCUGUGUUCCCUUCUGGCUAA